AUGAAAACAUUUGCGGCCAUAACCACGCUCUCUUUUGUCAAUAUUGCCCUUUCCCUUCCCACCAAACGCGGCGUCUCAGACACCCACAUCCUCAACUUCGCCCUAAAUCUCGAAUACCUUCAAGUCGACUUCUACAAGCAGGCGGUCGCUCAGUUCCCUCAAACCGCCUUCCGAGAUGCUGGCGAGCCUGACUGGGUAUACGGAAGACUCCAGCAAAUGCACGAUCACGAUUCAACUCAUGCAAUGUUUCUCUCUACUGCCCUCAAAACCGCUGGUGUCUCUGCUGUCUCGCCAUGCGAUUUUAUCUUCUCAUUCACGGAUGCGCGGUCUGUUAUCGAGCAAGCGACUACCCUCAAAUCCAUCACGACUGCCGCGUAUAAUGGCGCUCUCCGUCUCCUCAAUAACAGAGAUUAUGCAAGUAUUGCUGCAAGUAUGAUGGCGGUGGAGGCUCGCCACGACUCUUGGCUAAACGGUGCAGUCUUGCAACGCAGCGCCUGGACUACAGCGUUCGAAGCCUCACUAGGUCCAAGUCAAGCCUUUUCCGCUCUACUCUCAUACAUCAAAUCGUGUCCAGCCUCCAACUCUCCCUUACUUCCUGGCCUCAACCGGUUUCCUGCUCUUUCACUCAGCAAUAUCUACCCUGGCCAAACGGCAACUGUCUCGUUUUCAGUCCCUAACGCUCCAAACCGGCAACUCUUUGCCGCUUUCAUUAGCGGUGCCGGCAAGCCAACGUUUGUUCCGCUCGAAGAGAACAAUACCAGAGUCAAGGUUCCCGAUAACUUGUUUGGCCGUGUGUUUUGCGUCAUUACGAGUGAUGGUGGACGGGCGGAUGAUGAGGUUACUGUGGCUGGGCCUUCACUGGUCGAGUUGCAGUUCAACGCGAAUGGACAGCUUGUAUAG